AUGUGUUUAGUUGACAAACUUAAUGAUCUCAAAAUAUCUACCAGUGUUGAGGAUACCUCCCGCUUAAUUAUAAGUGAAAACAAAAAAAAUAAAAAAAGAAGCGUAUAUAAUCAAAUUUCCAAUUCAAAAUCUGAUAGUUCUUGCUUUCGAGAUAAAAAAGCAAAUUAUAAAUUGGCAUUCGGUUUUUUGCAAAAGAAUAUAGAUUGUUAUCCUUCAAAUGUCCCAAGUCUUUUUACUAAUAUUGAAUUGCAGGGUGUUAUAACUUCUCAUUUUGAUCAUAGGGAGACAAGUGUAAACAAAAGCAGUAAUAAUGCCCCCGCAUACAAAAAGUGUAACUAUGAGUGUAGGUUAACUAAAGAUAAUUUUAAUGGAGUAGCCCAUUUAAAAGAUGAUUUAACAAAAGAAUAUUAUGUAAGACAAAUAGAUUGCCAUAUCAAUAGAACCUUAGGGAUUUCAGUCAUGAAAAAAUAUUUGGGUUUAAAUCUUUUAAAUGGUAUACAUAGCUAUGUCCCUACCCCGCCGUCAGAAUUUACAUGUUUGGAAAGUUUAGUUUCUUUUAUUAAAUUGUGGGAAACAGAAAAUAAGGUGGAGAUUUGUAAAGAAGAAACCAAGCUAACAUGGGUUUGUAGGAGACAUCAACUUGCAAAACUGGCCCUUAAAUUGAUUACAAACGAAUCCUUUGAAACUGCCAUAGUAUUUUACAAAAACAAACUGUACUUGCAUGAAACUGACUAUAGUUUAGAUGGGAUAUACUCAAAAAAUGACUCUAUAAAAAGGGCUUGUUAUACAGGAUUUGAGUUGGAAAGAGUGUUGACUAAAAGCGAGAAGGAUGCAACGCCGGAUAUCAAAGAUCUAUUUUUUUUAGUUUCUAAAGCCAAUUUGUUAAACGGUACAGAUGUGGUAUUCCAAUCAGAAAUAGAUGCCAUGUCAUCUACAGCGGACAAUAAUAGUCAUAAAAAGCGCAAUAAUUUUAUCGAGAUCAAGUCAAGUGUACCAUUAAAAUCAUCUAGUUUUUUCCAUGGUCAAAAGUUAUUGAAAAUGUGGGUACAAACUGGCUUUGUCGAUAAUUCUGAUAUUUUAAUUGGUUUCAGAACAUCUACUAACAAUCUAAGUGGUUUGCGGCUAUAUUCUAGAUUAGAAAUCCAACGUCUAUUGAAAAAAUAUUAUAAUGUAUCGAAAGUUUUAAAUCCAAAGAUCACUUGUGAUUGGUUGGAAUAUAUAACUGAACAUAUCAAUAAUAGUAUUUUAGAUUUUAUUAAAGAGAAAAAUUUAAACACUGAUUAUUUAAUAUCGUUGAAAUUAAAUUUAACUACAAAAAGGGAUUUCACUGGGACUUUAUCUUUAGAUCUAUUGGAUUCGGUACCAUCGUGGGUCGAUAUGAUAUUGUAG